GGGUGAGAGAAAAGGGUCGAAUUUGGAACAGUGCUUACUAAUCGUUUUAAUUGUAAAUUCAAUGAAAGUCAGAUGACGAAAACUAGUUUUUACAAUAUAAUUCUUUUGUUAUGUUUGACGUUUGUGAUCUACUAUAGUUUAAAUGUAUAUUUCAUCAAUCACUUACAAUCAACCACACCGCUAGAUGAUGGUGUUGUAGGCCAUAGUAAUGGCAAGCCAGGUUCCAAUAAAGUGAAGCCAUCGAAGGUGGCACAAAGCAGAGAUUUGCCAGGCAAUGCCCACUUAGUACAAAGUGCGAUAAUGCGCACGGCGGGAGUGCUGAAACCUGCUUUUAGAAAUAGGAAUCCAAAGUAUGUCCAACUCAAACAGGAGCUGGUCGCCUGCGUCGAACCGAAACCGUACAAUAUCAGCACUAUAUGGAAAACGGCAAACUCGUGGCCUAAAGCAAACGAGGUGGUCCCUGGAAACGAGAAAUUGGUCGGGGCUGUGAUAAAUGCUAUCGCAACCGAGCCGAUACUGCGGAUUAAGAAUUCUCAGCGAGGGACCCAACUGAAGCUGGUGUUCGAGUUUGCCCAGUCGCAACACGUUCUUUUCAAACCGAAAUGGUACAAUCGUGAGGAGGUCAUCAACGGGACGGUGUACUCCGGCAAGGAUCGUCACAACUCCGAAAUAGUCAGCUUCCAUCUGGCCAUGAUCUUAAACCUUCGUUCGAGCCCGAUCGUAGCGGGAAGAAGAUUUUCACUUCGGGAUCAUGUCUCACGGACGGCUCCGGAGCUACAAAUAUCUAUGCCGAUUGUAAAUAAUCGACAAUGUAUAUACGGCGUGUGCUACUACUGUAACAGCGACGAAAUGGUGUGUGACGACCCGGACAGCGGCCUGCUGGAGGGUGCCGUUUUAUACACAAUCCCUGGUAAAAUCAACAAACUCCGAUCCCCGUGGCAGCGAACCUACGACAAUAGUGUGCUAGCUGCGUGGGAAAAGAACGACAACUACUGCUCGCUGGUUCGGAAGAAACUCACCCUCGAGGCACUGCUAGAUCUGAUUGAUGCAGCACUGUUCGAUUUUCUCAUUCAAAACGGUGACCGACAUCAUUACGAAACGCGAGAUGGUCGCCUGUUGUUGCUUGACAACGGGAAGGGAUUCGGAAAUCCGUACGUCGACCAUAUGGACAUAUUGGCGCCCUUAUAUCAGUGUUGUAUCGUUCGAAGGACAACAUGGGAAAGACUACUCUUAUUUUCCGGUGGAGCAUUAACCGAUACGCUUCGUGCAAUGAACGAACUAGAUUUGCUAAAGCCACUGCUAACCAAAGAACAUUAUGACGCGCUCGAACGGCGCCUCCUAUACAUUUAUGGUACUGUUGAACUGUGCAAAGAGAAAUAUGGAACUAAAUUGUUUAAAUAACUUUAUUUGCUAAA